AUGGAAGAAUACCUGGAUAAAACAGAAGGAACCGCAGAACCUAAUCGGUGUGCAGAGAAAACUUGGUCCCUUCAAAUAGGUGAACCAACGGAACUGAUUAAUGUUCAGAAAUUCCUGGAUUCUUUCAGUUUAGAGCUUGGACAUGAAGAGGAGAGCAUACGAUGCGAUUCUAAGUUGUCUGAAAAACUUAAUAAAAAACAGCUUAAAGAAAUCAGGGAGAAAUGCAGCGUGAAAGAGUAUUUCAAACUCUCCAGCCAAUUCUUUGCUGAGCCGUCUGCAAUGGAAAUUAAAUUCAUGGAAAUGACUACAGAGAUGGAUAGUUCUCCUCUGGCAAGUUUAAGGGAUGCCAAUAGAACUAGAAAUUCACAUAUGAAACGUGCGGAUUUGAAUUAUUUGUCUUCUGUAAAAUUCUCUAAACCAAACAAGCCAAGCGAACCUCAAAGUUUUGAAAAUAAGCCUGAAGCCAUCCUUUCGGUUGCGUUUUAUAAUCAGAGUAAAACUUCUACUCGCACACAGGAAUUUUUGGUUUUGGGUAGUCAACCAUUAACCGCUCUUAGAGAUGCAUUCUAUUGUCUUCGAGAUUUUUAUAAGCUUGAACCAUGGGAACAACCAAAGCCUACUACUAUAUUAAAUGCAACAAAUCGAAAAAUGUCACCAAGUUAUUUUUUUAUUGAAAAUGUAUUUUAUAACGAUCUCAGGGACCCGAGAGCUGUUGAUUAUAGCAGCAAGACAAUGGAAAAUGUGACAUUCAAUGAAUUAUCAAUAAAGCUAAACCAGCCGUAUUUGUUUGUCCAUCAGGGAGAUUGUCAACAUGCAGUAGUUUUUAGAGACUUGAGGUUAAAGCAAGCAUAUGAUGAUCCAGAUCCAGCUGUUUACCCAAAAGCUAUAUUCCGUGGUAAAAUAGGUCGACACAAAUGUCGUAUGUGCAUGCAACGACCUGCUAUGUAA